AUGAGUAUUGACCAAGCUCAAGCAAAAAGACACUCGCUGUAUUACAUUUACACGGCCUUGUCUAAACCUGUGGAUCUGCCAGGCAUCUAUAAAUUCAGUGCUAUGGGUCUGCUGGACGACACACAGAUCGACUAUUAUAAUAGCAAGGAUAAGAGAAAGAUUCCCAAACAGCUCUGGAUGAAAGAGAAAAUGCAGGAGGAUUACUGGGAAAAAGGCACUCAGUCCAGAAAGAGUAAAGAACAGUGGUUUAAUGUGAACAUCAAUAUUCUGAUGAAGCGCAAGAGAGACGAUGAUUCAGAUCUUCAUGUUCUUCAGUGGAGACACGGUUGUGAAGUUGAGAAGGAGGGAGAUGAAGUGAAGUUUCUCAAAGGCAUUGAUGAGUACGGCUAUGAUGGAGAAAACUUCUUGUCUUUUGAUGUUAAAGAGUCUCAAUGGGUCGCUCCAGUUGAGGAAGCUCUACCAACCAAGAGAAAAUGGGACAGUAUUCACAUCCUUAACCAAUACACCAAAGGAUACCUGGAGAAAGAGUGUGUGGACUGGCUCAACCAUUUCAGAGAAUAUGGAGAUGAGGAGCUCAGAAACGGCUCUUGUCCAGAUGUUCAUAUAUUUGUAAAAAAGUCUAUCAAAGACAAAACCAAGCUGAAACUCACCUGUAUGGCCACUGGCUUCUACGCCGAAGAUGUAAUGGUGUUCAUUAGGAAAAAUCACACAUCUCUGCUUGAAGAUGAGAUUGAAUCCACAGGUAUCAGACCAAACCAUGAUGGAUCCUUCCAGAUGAGGAAGAGUGUGGAGAUCAAGGAGGAUGAAAAAGCAGAUUAUGAUUGUUUUGUGUCCCACAAGAGCAUCAAAGAACCAAUCAUUGUCACAUGGGAGAAAACUUCCUGGGAUUGCUCUCCAGAGACUGACUUAUUCAUGAUUGGAUUUGUGAUUAUAAUUUUGCUUGUGCUGGCAUCUUUAGUGGUUUACAUCUUUGUGCAGAAAAAGAUGAAUGAUUUAUAUAGAAACGUACAAGAACCAAAUGACCAUCGUGCUGAAGUUUCUCUGGAAGAAGGACUCCAGUUGCAGACUGUUAGAAGAUCAAUGAAUCACUACAACAAGACGACCCCUGUUACAAAGUCAGAGGAAGAUUCAUAACGAAGAUUUGUGGUAUUUGUGAAUACUUCUGCCAAUCACUACAUUUGGAGAGGUUGCUUGAAAAUAGUUGAAUUAUAUCCUCUCUCCUUCUGUCUCAUGUCAUAUAAUAUGGAUGUUUUGAAGCAUUUUGCUCAAGCGAUUGAUGUGCCUUUGGAGAGAGCUGUUUUUUCAUACUUCCCUAUUUCUACCUCUAAAGGGUCAGACUGACACAUUUGCAGCAAUCCUUUAUUCUCUAUAAAACAUGAGAUACUGUCUUAUAUUCUCCUUAAUGUCUUGUGGAAUAUUGUAAUGUACUGAUUUUUGUAUAUUAGUUGAUUGAAUUUGUUCUUUCAUUUAUAUAUUUAUGCAGGGAAUGGAUUGAUGGCGUAAUGAAUGUCUGUCUGUUAUUUAACGUGGGAUCCAUUUAUUCAUAAAUUACACUAGUUUUGUCUGUGUUGUACUGCUUUCACCUUAAAAAAAAUGCAAAAAAUAUAUUUUGUACGGUUUCACUCAGGGUUUUAAAGGAUGGUACGGCUUCUCAUGUACAUGGUUUUGUUUAUGAUUGUUAUGAAUGUCUGCUAAUCAAUAAUUGAACUUAAAAGGGUUUUGCACUUAUUUGAUUUCUGAAAACUGAUGAAUACACACUACUAAUGUCUUAUUUGAGAACAUUUUAAGAAUGAUAAACCAACAGACAGACUACCUACUUCUAUUACUUGACUGGAGAGUUGUUUACCGUGAAAAUUAUCUUUAAUUGUAAUUAUUUAUUAAACAGUGAAGUUUAUUUAAACAUGUUGUUUUUAAAGUCAAUAAAUUACUCUGUUCCA